ACGGAGAGAGAUGGCGAGCAUCAACAUGGGGCCGACACCGCUGCCGCUGCUGCUGGGGCUCUCGUGGCUCCUUCUGGCCGUGCUCACGCCUCAUGUCGGCGGUCUGAACGGCGACGAGGACCAGAGCCAGGACACCGAGUGCAAGAUGAAGAGCGUCACCGUGUCUGCGCUGCCUUUUCUGAGGGAAAACGACCUGAGCAUCAUGCACAGUCCGUCGGCCUCGGAGCCCAAGCUGCUGUUCUCUGUUAGGAACGAUUUUCCGGGAGACGUCGUGGUGGUGGAUGACCUGGAAAACACUGAGCUCCCCUUUUUCGUCCUAGAGAUCUCUGGGAAUUCAGAGGACAUCCCUCUGGUGCGCUGGAGGCAGCAGUGGCUGGAGAAUGGGACCCUUCUCUUCCACAUCCACCAUCAGGACGGCAGCCUGAACCUGCCCGAGCCCACUGAAGACCCCGCCAACAACUCUGCAAAGGAGGAGCUGCGAAUCCUGCACAUCUCUGUCAUGGGCGGGAUGAUCGCCCUUCUGCUGUCCAUCCUGUGCCUGGUCCUGAUCCUCUACACCCGCAGGCGCUGGUGUAAACGCCGCCGCAUCCCUCAGCCCCAGAAGAGCGCCAGUGCUGAGGCAGCUAAUGAGAUCCACUACAUCCCCUCCGUACUGAUGGGAGGCCAGGCCAGAGAGAGCCUCAGGAACUCCAGGGGUCAAGGGCCCAACUCUAGCGGCACCCUCAGCAUCAGGGAAACGCCGAUUCUGGACGGGUACGAGUACGACAUCACCGACCUGCGUCACCAUCUGCAGCGCGAGUGUAUGAAUGGUGGUGAGGAGUUUGCCAGCCAAGUCACCCGUACCCUGGACUCCCUCCAGGGCUGCAAUGACAAGAAUAAUAUGGAUCUGGCACCUGUGAGUGACAACACCAAGCUAGCUCUAAUGAACAAGUACAAGGACAACAUCAUCGCCACGAGUCCCAUCGACAGCAACCACCAGCAGAACACGCUGCUUCCACACAACACCUCCACCAGCCAACGCAAACGGCUCUCCAGCAACACCCGAGCGGGUUCAACUUUCUUGAACCCAGACGGGGACUCUGGGACGGAGGCAGACAGCGAGCCUCAGCUGGCCUUUUACACCGACCCAAACCGCAGUCGCCGCCGGAGUCGAGGUAUGAGAAAUGGUAACGCCAACAGCGCGUGGGGCUCAGGGGCAGCAGGUUCCCCUCGGAGCCCCAUCAAUAAGACCACCCUGACUCUGAUCAGUGUCAUCAGCUGCGUGAUCGGCCUAGUUUACUCCUCUCACCUCGCCUGUAGCCUCUCGGUCCGGGUAAUCCUACACGUGCCGGAGCACCUCAUCGCUGACGGCUCCAGGUUCAUCUUGCUGCAGGGGAGCCAGUUAGACGCCUCAGACUGGCUUAACCCGGCUCAGAUUUUGCUGUACUACCAACAGAACGCCAGCGGGCCCUGGGUCAACGAGCUGUGUGGAAGACGCCUCCUGGACCCCUGUGAGCACCAGUGUGAUCCCGAAACAGGAGAGUGCCUGUGCCUCGAUGGCUACAUGAAGGACCCGGUCCAUAAGCACCUCUGCAUCCGCAGCGAGUGGGGGCCCAAUCAGGGUCCCUGGCCUUACACCAUCUUCCAGCGCGGUUUUGAUCUUGUGAUGGGGGAACAACCCUCUGAUCGCAUUUUCAGAUUCACAUACACCUUAGGAGAAGGGAUGUGGCUCCCGUUGAGUAAAAGCUUUGUCAUCCCCCCUGCUGAGCUCGCCAUAAACCCCUCAGCUAAGUGCAAGACGGACAUGACAGUCAUGGAGGACGCUGUGGAUGUACGAGAGGAGCUGAUGAUCAGUUCAUCCUUUGACUCUCUGGAGGUUCUCCUGGAUUCCUUUGGCCCCGUCAGAGACUGCACCAAGGACAAUGGAGGCUGCAGCCGCAACUUCCGCUGCAUCUCCGACCGAAAGCUGGACUCCACUGGAUGCGUGUGCCCUCCAGGCCUGAGUCCUAUGAAGGAUGGGACCGGGUGCUACGACCACCACAUCGGCAUCGACUGCUCUGACGGUUUCAAUGGAGGCUGCGAGCAGCUGUGUCUGCAGCAGCUGGCUCCUCUGGAGGAUGACCCCACACUUUACAACAUCCAGAUGUUCUGUGGGUGCAUCGAGGACUACAAGCGUGGUCCAGAUGGAAGGUCAUGCCUCCCGCUGUCUGAGGUCUGCACUGAGGGAAUAGACUGCGGGGAGUCAGUGGACAUCCCGGCUAACCAGACUGUGUUCGGAGACCUUUUCUACGGGUACAACAACCACACCAAAGAGAGCACCUCCGGACAGAUCCUCAAGGCUACCUUUAGGCAGAAGAACUUUGCCCGAGGCAUCGAGCAGCAGCUCCCAGAUGGCAUGGUGGUGGCAUCAGUGCCAACAGAGGUUCAGUGCCACGAGGAGCUGUCGGACCCUGUGCCCGACCCAGAAUACCUCACAGGCAUGGUGAACUACAGCGAGGUGUCUGGAUACCCGCUGGUCCAGCACUGGAGUCUCCGCUCGGUGCUAUACCACGUCAAACUCAAUCAGUGGGUCCUCUCUCAAGCCUUCAGCUCGGCCAUCCAUUCUCUGGACGGGGCGACGCAGCGGAGCGACUUUGUCUCCAUCCUCAGAGAGUUCGGCAACCACUUUGUUCAGGAGGCGGUGUACGGCUUCCAGGAGUCCUGCACCAUCUGGUACCCCAACAAACAGGUCCAGAGGCAGCUGUGGCUGGAGUACCAGGACAUCAGCAAAGGUAAUUCACCAUCUGAGGAGUCAGAGGAGCGUGACAAGGAACCGAGGACGCUGACCUACCCGGCGUACAUUGCCAGUCUGCUGGACACUGGAGCUAAACGCAUGGCAGCCGGCGUCCGUAUGGAUUGCACCAGCCAGGGCCAGUGUCCACGUGCCUGCCACCUCUGCCACAUGAGCCCCAGAGCGGCACAAGGCCGGCAGCAGUCUGAGCCCGUCCUGCUGCAGAUCACCAAAGCUGCACCCAUCUAUGAGCUGGUGUCCAACAAUGAGACCUACCAGGCUCUUCAGGAGGCCAUGAUGAGCAUGCUGUGGUGUUCAGGGAAGGGCGACGUUAUCGAUGACUGGUGUCGGUGUGAUUCCAGCGCUUUUGGCACAGACGGACUGCCCACCUGUGCCCCACUUCCUCAACCAAUGCUGAAACUGUCUUACACCUACGAGCCCAGCAGCUCAUUGGUCAUCAUGGAGUGGAACCACACGGAGCCACCAAUCGGCGUGCGGAUUGUCGACUACCUCAUCAGCCAGGAGAAGGUGACAGAGAGGAGCGACCACUCCAAAGUUGAGACAGAAACUCUUUUGAGCUUUGUGGACGACAUCCUAUCCGGGGCCAGGUCUCCAUGUGUGAUGUUAGGGGACAUCCCGGACCUCCUGUCCUCCUCCAUCAGCAUGAUCAUCCGCUGCCUGGAGCCCGACACGACCUACAUGUUCAGGCUGUGGGCGGUAGACAACACAGGACGCCGCUCCAGUCCGAGUGAGGUCACUAUCAAAACACCAUGUCCUACUGUGGAUGACGUCAAAGCUCAAGAAAUAGCCGAUAAGAUCUAUAACCUGUUCAAUGGAUACACCAGUGGGAAAGAGCAGCAGACGGCCUACAACACUCUGAUGGAUCUGGGUGCUCCCACACUGCACCGCGUGCUCUACCACUACAACCAGCGCUACGAGAGCUUUGGAGAGUUCACCUGGAGGUGUGAGGACGAGCUGGGACCAAGGAAGGCCGGCCUCAUCCUCUCCCAGCUGGACGAGCUCUCCCCGUGGUGUAAGGGUCUGCUCCAGGAGCCAAAGAUCGGCCUCCGCAGGAUGUCCCUCAAGUUCCUCUCCUGCCGCUACACCGACACCAAGACCUUCGGCCUGAACUGGUCCGACAUGGGCCAGGACGUACACAAGGCGUGUGACGAGCAGACGCUCACCGUCAUGUACAACGACUACGGCGAGCCUAAGGAGCUGUAAAAAAACAGAGAUCAGAGCCAACAAAGACAUGCAGGUUUCACGUUUGUUUCCAGAAGCUGAAUAGAUCGGUGUGUUUUAGAUUUUAUUUGCCUCAUUCAGUUCUCUUAACCAUUGGUAAAUGGAUUCAACAGUUAGACCGUCAGCAGUAGACGGUCUCUAAAGCAGUGGUUCUCAACCUUGGGGUCGGGACCCCAUUGGGGGUCACCAGAUCCCUUUAAAAAAAUUAAGAAUUUUUUUUUAAUUAUGCUGUUGCCACUUCACACCGAUUUUACCAAAUUAUAACCCUUUUUUAUCACUUUUUAACACCAAUUUUGCCAAUUUUAGGACAUUUUUGCUACUUA